AUGUCCCCUACCCCACAGUCACACUCUAUUAUUAUUAGCAAUAAAGGUGGUUUUCCCCUAUUCUUUCCUAAUACAUUACUCGGAUUACUCCGGGAAGGACUUUGAGAUGAAAAAUUCCAGCAUUAGAUAAGCUCAGCGAGUCGAUAAUAAAACUCCCCGCAGUGUGUGAUGUGCUUCACAAGCCCGGGCAGAAAAAUCUUCUGAUGGUGACCGAUGAACCAGAGAGGAGCACCUCUGAGGAGAAGACCCAGAACCUCCAGAACCAGGACAGUUCUAAGCAAUGGAUGCAAGAACUCUUCCCAUUCCCCGGGCAGUACACAACGUCUCCCCUCCAAUCAGAGCACUCUAAUGGGAUGGUGACAACCGAUCUGCAAAACAAAGAUCUGUCCGGAAUACAAAUCACAAAGGGAUCGAUAAAGGAAGAUGUGGGUGAUCGGGAGUCUGUUUUAAAAGGCGAUGCUGAAGCGACUUCAAGUUCAUCAGUAGAUGUCCAGACAAUAUUGACCAGCAGGGGGAGCCCUGACAGCACCACAACCAAUGAGGACAUUGAAAGCUUUUUUGAGGAGACCCGCAAGAGGAGUACUUUCCAGAAAAACUUCUAUUGGAUAACUAUCUUAAUUAUUUUCAAUAUUAUGAUCCUCAUCACGGGACUGGGAAUAAAUGAAGUAAACAGACAAAAUUUAAAAAACACGGCUGCCAUCCCGGAAAAUCACACCUAUUUCCCAGAAUACACCACCAUGGCAACUUCAAGGAAUACUAUGACCAAAACCACUACGUCUCUUCCUGUAUAUACAACGCAAAAUGCCACACCGUCAAGGAAUGAUACUACACAAUAUACAACCCCUAGUGCAACAACGACAAAAGGUUACACUACUGAUUAUGUCACAAACACUAUUACAGCAUUAACAACUAACACAACUACUCUUCCUCCAGCAAUGACCACAACAAGCCCAGGAAUCUCUAUCGGCAUUCCAGAAGACACCACCAAUACAACAUCGGGCACCAGCGUAAAGGAAAGUACCACCUCUCCUUCAGUACAUACAACACCAACAACUUAUACUACAGAGUAUACAACAUUCAAUGUCACAACCACAGGAGGCUAUAGUGAUAAUGUCACAAACAUUAGCACAACACCAACCACUAACACAACUACUCUUCCAGCCAUGACCACAACAAGCCCAGGAAUCUCUACUGACUAUCCAGUAGACAGCACCAAUACAACAUCGGGGAGCAGCAUACAUGAAAGUACCAUCUCUCCUUCUUCAGAUACACCAAAGAAUUAUACUACAGAGUAUACAACAUACAAUGUCACAAACAUUACAACAGCUAACACAACUACUCUUCCAGUCAUGACCACAACAAUUCCAGAAAUCUCUACUGGCAUUCCAGGAGACACAACCAAUACAACAUAUAAUGUCACAACCACAGGAGGCUAUAGUGAUAAUGUCACAAACAUUAGCACAACACCAACCACUAAAACAACUACUCUUCCAGCUAUGACCACAACAAGCCCAGGAAUCUCUACCGACAUUCCAGAAGACACCACCAAUACAACAUUGGGGAGCAGCAUGAAUGAAAGUACCACCUCUCCUUCAGUACAUACAACACCGACAACUUAUACAACCACUCUUCCAGCCAUGACCACAACAAGCCGAGGAAUAUCUACUGACUAUCCAGUAGACAGCACCAAUACAACAUCGGGGAGCAGCAUACAUGAAAGUACCAUCUCUCCUUCUUCAGAUACACCAAAGAAUUAUACUACAGAGUAUACAACAUAUAAUGUUACAAACAUUACAACAGCUAACACAACUACUCUUCCAGUCAUGACCACAACAAUUCCAGAAAUCUCUACUGGAAUUCCAGGAGACACAACCAAUACAACAUAUAUCCAAUACAACAAUACAACAACCACAGGAGGCUAUAGUAAAAAUGUCACAACACCAACCACUAACAUAAAUACUCUUCCAGCCAUAAUCACAAGAAGCCCAGGAAUCUCUGCUGACAUUCCAGGAGACACCACCAAUACAACAUUGGGGAGCAGCAUGAAUGAAAGUACCAUCUCUCCUUAUGUAGAUACAACCCCAAAUAAUUAUACAACCAAGUAUACAACAUAUCAUGUCACAAACAUUACCACAGAACUAACAGCUAAUACAAAUACUCUUCCAACCAUGACCACGACAAGUCCGGGAAUCUCCACUGACUAUCCAGGAGACACAACCAAUACAACAUUGGGGAGCAGCCUAAAUGAAAAUACCGCCUCUCCUCCAGUACAUACAACAUCAACAACUUAUACUACAGAGUAUACAACAUAUAAUGUCACAACCACAGGAGGCUACAGUAGUAAUAAUGUCACAAACAUUACCACAGCACUAACUACUAACACAACUCUUCCAACCAUGACCACAACAAGCCCGGGAAUCUCUACUGACCAUCCAGAAGAUACAACCAAUACAACAAUCGGGGGAAAACAUAAAUGAAAGUAGCAUCUCUCCUUCUGAAGAUACAACACCACAUAAUUAUACAACAGAAUAUACAACAUAUAAUGUCACAACCACAGGAGGCUACACUAAUGAUAAUGUCACAAGCAUUACCACAACACUAAUAGCUAACACAACUACUCUUCUAACCCAGCCCCAAGGUCACAACAAAGUACAUUACACAUAACACAACAUUACACAACAUUACACAUCAUAUAACAUCCCACAAUAGUUUUCUAGCAGACAGACAGAAAUAAUAGGUGAGUUAAUUAGCACAAUUAACAAUGGGUGAAAGACACUUAUGAGGCACACCAUGGGAGAGACCUACUUACAAUAAUCAAAUUAUAGCAGGAGACCCCAGACGGGUGGCUUGAGCUGAUGAUACUAAAGUCUGCUAUGAGUCUCACAGUUUGAAGCAGUCAUUGCUGGUAAUUUUGCAUCUAGGCCCUAAACAUGGAUCCAAAGCCUGUGUGUAUUUGGGAGACAUGAACGUGAAUCACAAACACCACUCCAAGGGUCCUACAGGCAUACCCUCCCAAAUAGUAGUGUUCCCUUAAAAGCCAGGGCCCAUAAUCAGUAGGCAACAGGCUAGCCCGCAGUCCCCUCCAGAAGCCUCUGUCCCAGUUUGGUCUAUCACACUUGCGAUAAAUGCACAAACAUUUUCACAACACUAACAUCUAACACAACUCAUCCAAACAGAACCACAACAAACCCAAGAAUUUCCACCGACUAUCCUAAAGAUACCACCAAUGUAACAUUAGGAAGCAACAUACACAAAAUUAUCACUUCCCUUCCAGUACAUACAACACAGAAUGCCACAAUUAAACUACAGAAUAUAGAACAUAUAAUGCCACAAUGACAGAAGGCUACACUAGCAAUAACGUCCCAGACAUUAUCACAACACUAACAUCUAGCCCAACUACUCUUCUAAACACAACCACAACAAGCCCAUACAUCUCUACUGACUGCCCAGAAGACCCCGCCAAUACAACAUUAUGGAAACAACAUAGAUACAAGUAUCACCUCCCCUUCUGUACAGUAUAUACCACACAGAAAACCACAAUGCCAACAGAUGGCACAAUUGAUAACAGCACACUACUCCGGGUAAGGUCACCAAGCUUACAACACCUAGAACAUUUACUCCAGCUGUAACCAAUUCUAACAUAUCAACCCCAAUUUUAAGAAAUACAUUGCCACAACCUCAACUACACCAUCUAGGAAUUGUUGUUAACUGAUCCUGAAAAACAGGACUGUCAGUUUCCACAGUCACCAUGAUAAGUCUUAAAUAAAUGUUUACACCAACCACAAAUGAUACAUCCCUUCACUCAGAGGACGCUGCAGAAAGAAUUUUAACCUUCCUGUCAGCUCAGUUCCAGGAUAUGUAACUCUUAAUAUGACAUUCUGCUAUACCUACACCAGGAGAAACAACGACUUCAAGAGAAGACAACACCUUGCCUAAUUCUGAAACUCCACUCUCAGUUCUUGUACAUGUCUACAUCAUCACAGCAACAGAAAUAACUAAUACUCUGUUUACAGUGGAUAUACUGUAUCUGCAGAUGUAGAACUUACUACUUUAUAGGACAUUGACAGUAAUGCUGCAAUUAUACCUUCAGCUCCAGGCUAUAGAACUUCCUUAACUAACUUGAAAUAACCACACUCUAUAAAGAACAUCUCUUUACAUUGAAGACACAACUACAAAUCUAGGCCCAACUAUGUCCAACUCUCUCCACUGUCAGAUCUUCUACAAACAGUUUCACCACUGUUCUACCACCAGAGACAACUCAAAUGUAGAGCUUUUUUUUCAGGACUUGAUGACUAAUCUUCCAACUACUUCACCUACUCCUGGGCUUAUGGGACACGUAGCCCUGAAGAUGUCACCUCUGAUCCCCAGACUGGAACACUUGGCCCUGAAGAUGUCACCUCUGAUACCCAGACUGAAACUCUUGACCCUAAUGAUGUUACCUCAGGUCUCGAGACUAGAAAACUUGGUCCUGAAGACGUUACCUGUCAUCCCUUGACUAGAACUUUUCACCCUAAAGAUGUCACCUCUGGUCUCCAGACUGGAACCAUUUGCCUUAAGAUGUCACCUCUGGUCCCCAGACCAGAACUAGUCUUGACCCUAUUGAUGUGACUUCAGGUCUCCAGACUGGAACACUUGGUUCUAAAGAUGCUCCCUCUGAUCCCCUGAUUAGUACUUAUCAGCCUUAAGAUGUCAACUCUGGUCUCCAGCCUGGAACACUUUGUCCUAAGGUGUCACCUCUGAUCCCCAGACUAGAACUCAUCUUGACCCUAUUGAUGUGAUGUCCAAAGACAUGCUGGUAGGUUAAUUGGAUUGUCCAAAUUGGCCCAAUGUCCGCACCAGCCAGCAAGACACUUGGCUGCAAAAAGCACCUUGAGGCGAUUCAGUUCGCAUCUGUGUAGCGCUAUGCAAGUCAUUCACUGCAUCCAGGCCAGUAAAGGAGCUAGAUUAAGAACAUCAGAAUCGUCCUGCUCACUAUGGUCAUACACAUCGAGGCCCAUGGUUAAGACUGCGUUUAUAAGCAUUGUUUAUUAAUAAUAAUAAUAAUAAUAAUAAUGUCAGGUCUCCAGCCUGGAACAAUUGGCCCUGAAUAUGUUACCUCUGAUACCCAGACUGGAACUCUUGAAGAUGUUACCUCAGGUCUCUGGACUGAAACACUUGGUCCUGAAGAUGUUACCUCUGAUCCCUUGACUAGAACUUUUCACCCCAAAGAUGUCACCUCAGGUCUCCAGACUGGAACCCUUUGCCUUAAGAUGUCACCUCUGGUCCCCAGACCAGAACUCAUCUUGACCCUAUUGAUGUGAUGUCAGGUCUCCAGACUGGAACACUUGACCCUGAAGAUGUUACCUCUGAUCUCCAGACUGGAACACUUGACCCUGAAGAUAUCAUGUCACCUUUGACCCACAAGAAACAUUCAAUUACACCAAAAUAAUCACUCGUUCUAACAGACUUAAAUCCAUGAUGCAACAACAUCACAUCAUAAAAUACUAAAGCUACUAAAGCACGUAAAACUUCUGAAUCAGAAGAUGCAAAACCGCUCUUACAAUUUUGAACUGUGUAGGAUAAUUUCUUAGAAACAUUAUAUAACAAUAAAAUGAGCUUUAUAAGCUUUACUAAUAGUGGACUUACUUGAUGAUCAGCAAAGUUAGUCCACUACUUUAAUGUCUUAUGGAAUACAGUUCUGAAUACAGGAGUAUUUUCAGAAUUAUGCGAACUAAUCUAAAAUGUACAUUUAAAUUGAAAUAAAAGUAAAUUAUUAAACUUUCAA